ACACCAGGCUUUUUCUAUUUUUCUUUUUUUAUUUCUACUCCCCGCUUUGCAGCGGCAGGUUAUCGUAAGCAGUGUUACUGUGUGAUCCUUCGGAACACACCAUGUAUAUUUCCCUGUCACGCCAACGUUAGUCAGGGACGAGGAGCAGACCCUUUCGUUUAGUGUAGUAUCGACAGGCCACCUCUGCUCGAGGUGACGGCGUGUAGCGCUGUUACGCGGAGACAACUGUAGCCACUGUGACAACGCCACCAGCCUUAUUAGAAAAAAUGCGUCAACGUUUUAUCCUCGAAGAACAGCAUUAAUAUCACAGACUAGAAACGUCCCCUGGAUUUUCAGAGCUCCCUCUGAUGCUACAUAUUUCCUGUCUUUGCUAGCGUAUGUAGUUAGCAUGCUAUAAUGCCAUUUUGGCUGUCUUCACCAUCUUGGAAGAACAACUAUGUAUCUCACAUUUAUGAACCAUCUUAAAUCUGUCAUGAUGUGGAAAUCCUCGAUCCACUUUAACUCUAUGUUGAUAGUUGCGCAGAUGUGUUAAACAUAACUGCGAUGGCAUGGUCAAAGAUGUCUCUGUUACUGGCUGUGGUGGUGGUCCUCUCUGUGCUGCUGACAGAAUCAACCCAUGCUGGGCCUGAAAUGGACCCGUACAAAAUAUUAGGAAUAACCAGGAGUGCCAGUCAAGCUGAAAUCAAGAAGGUCUACAAGCGUCUGGCUAAAGAAUGGCAUCCUGACAAAAACAAAAGUCCAGGUGCAGAGGACAUGUUUAUCAAGAUCACUAAAUCUUAUGAGAUCCUCUCCAGUGAGGAAAAGCGUGCCAAUUACGAUCGUUAUGGACAGACUGAUGAUACCCAGCCAUAUGGCAGCAGUCACUAUGGCCACCGCCACGACAGCUUCUACUUUGAUGAGUCCUUUUUCAACUUCCCCUUCAACAGCAAGAACCACAGAGAUUUCACUGACAGCAAGUACACGCUACACUUCAACCAGUACGUCAACGAUGUGGUGCCUGACAGCUAUAUAAGACCAUAUCUGAUAAAGAUCACCUCAGAUUGGUGCUUCAGCUGCAUUCAUAUUGAGCCUGUCUGGAAGGACGUGGUGCAGGAGAUGGAGAGCCUAGGUGUUGGAGUAGGUGUGGUGGAUGUUGGCUAUGAGAGGCGGCUAGCGAAUCACCUCGGUGCUCAUCGCACCCCUUCCAUACUUGGAGUUAUAAAUGGCAAAGUGACGUUUUUCCAUUAUGCUGUAGCAAAGGAGCACCUGCGACAAUUUGUAGAAGACCUACUUCCUCAGAGACUUGUGGAGCAGAUCAACGACAAGAAUGACCAGCAGUUUUUGAACAGUUGGCACGAGCUUAACAAGCCACAUGUGCUUCUGUUUGACCAAGUGCCCGUAGUUCCUCUACUUUACAAACUGACAGCUUUUGCUUAUAAGGACUACUUACAGUUUGGCUAUGUGGAUCAGGGCCUCUCAGAAACUGCCAAUCUGCAAAAACUAUUUAAUAUUAACACUUACGCUCCAACAAUGCUGGUCUUCAAAGAGAACAUUGAGAAGCCUGCUGAUAUUAUACAGGCUAAAGGAAUGAAAAAACAAAUAAUUGAUGAGUUCAUGUCAAACAACAAGUUUCUCCUUGCGCCGCGGCUGGUCAAUCAGAAGCUCUUUGAUGAGCUCUGUCCCGUCAAACAGUUUCACAGACGCAGGAAAUACUGUGUCCUGCUGAUCACAGGCGAUGAGGAGACUUUUUCUUUUGGGAACCAGGCGUUUCUCUCUUUUGCUUCCACCAACACCAGGGAAGUUGUGAGGUUUGCUUAUGUGUACCAAACGCUGCAGCAGCCGCUUUGUGAUGUCCUCAUGCAGAGCAAAGACAGCUCACAGUCACCGACCCAGGUGGUGAUCCUGGAGAGGCGUAAUACUGCUGGUAAGGCAUUGUUCAAGCCAGUUACUGCCUGGAAUGGAAGUGAGGAAGACAAGCAGCGUCUUCUGGAGGAGCUGGAGCGACUUCAAAAAGACCCAUCUAUCCUCAUCCAUGACGCCGUUCUGCCCGAGCUCAAUAAUGAAUUUGCCUCGAUGUUUGUAAUCCGGUGGAUCUAUGCGUCUUACGAUUACCUCUCUGAAGUCAUCGAUGAUAUUCUACACAACAACUGGCGCGAGAUGAUGCCUCUUCUGUCUCUCAUCUUCUCUGCCUUGUUUAUCUUGUUUGGAACUGUGGUCAUCCAGGCCUUCAGUGACUCUAGUGAUGAUAAGCAGACAAAACCAAAGGCAAAAGAUGGAACUAAAGCAGAAAAUGGGUCAUCAGGGACCAGUAGUAGCUCAAGUCGGCCUCCUAAAAAGAGUUUUGUGGAGGUGACAGAGCUGACGGACAUCACCUACAUGAGCAACUUGGUGAAGCUGAGGCCAGGACACAUGAACAUAGUGCUGGUGCUCACUGACGCCUCCAAGAACAUCCUGCUUAGCAAGUUUGCCAAAGAGGUCUAUUCCUUCACUGGGAGCCUGACGCUGCAUUUCUCUUUCCUGAACAUUGACAAGCACAGUGCGUGGAUGAAAACACUGCUGGAGUACGCCCAGGACGCCAUGCAGAUAGACGCAGACGAUGAUGACGGAGGGAACCGGAAGACAGACUACACCGGUUAUGUGCUGGCACUGAACGGCCACAAGAAGUACCUGUGUCUGUUUAAGCCUGUCUACACUGGGGAGGACCUGGACAGCAAGUCGUCUGAAGAUGAAGGGGGGGCGUCAGGGGGGAGGUCAAAGUCCAGUUCCCGUGAUGAUCACCCACCACGCAAAUCCAGUCGCUCCCGCAGCUUAUCCACCCUGCAGAUCCACCACAAACUAGACCGCCUAGGAUUGUGGAUGGAAAGACUCAUGGAAGGCACUUUGCCUCGUUACUAUGUCCCAGCCUGGCCAGGACUUGACAAAAUCGCCCCAAAUAAAUAGACUGAGGAGCACAGAAUUCUUUUUUUAUUUCCUAUCACACUGAAAUGGUUUCAUGUGCAAUUUAUCAUAUGCUAAUGCUGCCUUUUUUAUGUUUUACAUUUAAGCUAUUUAAUAGAUACAGUCAACAACUACUGGGAAACAUGUUCUUUAGACCUCCAUGCUCAUCACAUGCUGUUCUCAACUGCUGUUAGAUGUUUUAUUCAGGCAAAUGUUGCUACAGCCUUGUAAAGAUAAAACAAAAUCACUGUGGCCACCUGAACUCCUGCUUUUACUUCCAGAUGACGACCCUAGAGUCACGUUUUGAUCUGUCACAGCUAGGCUGUCAGACUUUCACACUCAGAUGUUUACAUAAGGAAAACUGAGGAGAGAGAAGCUAAUUUCUUCUUGGUGUCUUUGUAACUGUUGUGCAGCCGAGGCUGAAUGUGAUGUAAAGUAGGCGUGAUCGACAUGUCUGUUUUGGAGAAUUGCACAAAUGGCAAAUAAGGGUCUUCAAAGCUAUCCAACCUUUCUAACAAGCAGUUUGGACAGUGUAUAAAGCUUCCACUGAUGAAUACUGUGAAUAGAGAUGCAUGAAACUAAUAUUUAAUGUGUUUGCCUUUAUAUGCAUCUCAGCUUUUUUUUUUUUUAAGAUUAUUUCCAAAAUGCUGAUUCUCUUGUGCAGUAGAGCAUACUGCUGUCAUGAUGAUGCCUUCUACCCUGGACCUCAAGGUGUACCCCAUGCUCUUCUUUGAUCAUGUUGCAGAAAAAGAAAACACUUUUUUGGGGGGGAGUUGUGGUUAAUUGUGUGCUCCUACAAAUUUGUUGUUUAGCAGCCUCUAUCUGUGCAACCUUAUUUAGCCAGUAGCUUUAUGUAGCAAUGAGCAAACUGUAUAUUUUAUCUUCAGGAUGUUUCUCUAAAAAGCCGUGAUUCACCAAUGUACCAUCUUAUGUCAACACCUCCAGUUGGAACUCGAAUGCUUGCUUGGUUUAUUUAUUUGUUUUAUUCAUGUGAAGUUAAAAAAUAAAGCUAUUAACAUC